GUUCGACACUUUGUGGGGGGGAAGAGAGAUAUAAAAGAGACUGGUGAGCCUCUUCAGAUUAGUAUCAUUGAACUCAACACAAUACCUUCGAACAACUGCACUUCUACCUCCAACACAGCCGACUACAACCCGCGAAACCAAAAAAAAAAAACCCCCCCCAGCCCUCGACACCUAAUCAACCUCACUACAAGACAACAUGUCGUUCAUCUACAGUUACUUUGCCGGCGACAACUCAACCUCUGCCGAAAAGGAGAAUGCUGCUGCUCUCAGAGCCAUGGUCAAGGACCACAAGACUGCCCUGAAGGCUGAGGUCAAGCUGUACGAGGCCGAGUACAAGCAGACCCUGGAUAAGGCCGAUGAGGAAUACAAGCGCGUCAAAGUACAGGCCAAAGCAGAGAUGUUCCGCAAGACGAUGGAUGCCCUCAAGCGAGAAGUCGAUAUCAUCACUGCCACUGACGAGUUUGCGAAUUCGGAUACAAAGACCAAGGGCAAGAUCGAGGGAUUCAGGUCGUGGAUGAGCAGCGCGGAAGAGAAGCAUUGCGGGGAUGAGAAGUAUAAAACAGCACCUGUCGACGAGAAGCAGCCAGAGUUGGUUUAUGUCUGAGGGGGGACCGUGGCGAGAGAAGGAGAUAUAAGUGUCGAUAGCCAGGUACAUAAGUCUGGGACACUGGUCAAUAAACUAACUGUUAUGUAG